GUGAGGCUCACGUCAUCUAAGGUGACGAAAGUAUAGUAAAUCAAAUAGUUCAGUAAGAUAUGGAAAAUAAGUUCAACCACUCGGAAGAAAAACAUUUUAUACACGUGGCAGCAACAACAAAAGCAUCGGCAGUGUGGCAUGAGCGAACAAGCACAACAAACAAACAGCAGGAGGACACGACAGAAACCGACUCGGAACGCUUUUAUACGCCGGACGAAUUUGAGCUCAUACCGCCCAAUCUAAUAAUCCGCAGCUCAGCGCCAAAAUCCCCAACUGACAACGAAGGACGCUGCAUUCCCAACGGCCACGCCCUAGCCGGCAACUACCAAGAACUGGUGCAAGACAUCCAGUUGCAUUUGUCGGAGCAUAGAAGGUGUCCAUUGCAGUCCGACGUGCCGGAGUACUGGCAGGAGGAGCCUAAGAGCUACCGGAUCGGGUUUGUGGAGCUGUUUCGUCAGCGCAUGCACUACGACCGACUUGGCAUUCCGUUGACAUCACUCGAGCUACUCUACAUGGGUGACAGUGAGCGUGAGUGGCUGCGGCAGCACCGUAGGCGAGAGCGGGAGUACCGGCAGCAGCAGCAGCAUCAGCAGCAGCAGGGGCAGGGGCAGGAGCAGCAUCGCUACCGCGAGCGCCGGUGCCGCAACAGCGGUACCCAAACAGAUAGCAAAAUGCUGGGCCGCCGGGCUCAUCGCUUGCAUGGCGGCAAUGGCUGCAUUUGCGGCUUCAUCGAGGUCGAGCCGGGAAAAUCCAUGCUGAACUCGGAGCUGCGCGAGACCAGGGGACUGGGUAUGCCGGGCAAUAUGAACGAGCAUCUGCUGACGGUGUCGAGUCAGUACUUUGAGGCGGUCUCGUGCCAGCCCAUUGGCGCGGACGAGCGCAUGCGAAACAUCUAUCUAACGCGAGCGGAGCCGCCCGGCUACGUCUGCUGUGGCUGUCAGGCCAUGCGCCUGCACAAGCGGCAUCGUAAGCCCCAGCCGGCUGCGGCAGGUGCACCGGCUCGACCCACCUCGGUGCGCAUACUGCUGCCCCCAUCGCCGCUGCCGCCGCUGCGCUCCACUCACUUGGAGCAUCGCAAGAGCCGGGAGCUGCGCCGCUGGCGCAAGAGGCGGGACGAGGAGUCCAAGAUGCAGUCCUCGCAAAGGGGCACCUAUCAGUUUCCCGUUAAGUACAAGAAUAAGCCCAAGGAGCAGGUCAAGCAGCGCGCCCAGUGCGUGGAUCUCAAGGAUAAAGCCGAGCUGAGCUAUCUGCUGCGUCGCUCGCCGAAGAACCUCCACCUGCCCAUGCAGAUGGGGGCGGAGCCAAGCGUCGAGGACGAGUCCUACGAUGAGCGCGCCUCGAACGAGUCGAGCAAGGUGGAGGUGCUGCUGGCACCGGACACGCCCCGACUGGUGCUCAACGAAACGGAGAUGUCCGGCAUGAUGCAGUCGAAGAGCAUUACGCUCACGGAGAGCUCGUCUCAGGUGGACUCGAUGCUGGGCAUUGCGAAUGCGGCUCGACUGUCCUUCGAGGCGGGCGACUUGCGGCACGGCUCCACGGACACCCUCAACGAGGUGUGGUGUGAUCCGGGCAUCUUUCUGGCCGCCCGUACGCCACCGGUGCCCCAGAGCCUGCGAGAGCGCCGGAAGCAGCUGACCGUCGAUGCCCUCACCGUUGGCUAUUUGGGCGCCCCGGUGCUCGGCGAGCAGGCGGCCCGUGCGGCUCUCGAGAAGUGCGCGUAUCUGUCCCGUGAGUUCGACAGCCUCAGCCGAGAGCAGCGCACAAAGGACAUCGCCCUGCGGCUGCAGCAGCUGCGCCACUUCCAGGAGAAGGCCAGCUGGGACUACGUCUGCUGCAUCCACGCGAACGAGUCGCGCGAUGGCCAUCGUCACAGCUACAACCAAACGAUCCCACGCCUCUUCGACUGUCCACUGAACAAGCCGAACUGUGUGCGGCUGCUCAACGAAUCGAUGCUGGCCCACUUCCUGCACGUGCACUUCAGUGAGCCCGGCCUGGCCCUCAACGAGCUGUUCGAGCGCGACCAGGUGCUGAUCAUGUUCAAGCCGCGCUCCUUCAAGCGCGCCCACAACGUCUGCCUCUCGAUGAUCGUCUAUGCCGGCGCCAAGGACAAGUCCAACGCUCUGCCCAUCACGCACUACAUGCCCGACUACAACGUCGGCCUGCCCGGCCGAUACAGCAAGUUCACCGGCCACAUGCCCAUCUUUGUGAUGGCCUGUCGCACCCGUCGACGCUUCAGGGAGCGCAGCACGGAGAAACAGUCCCUGGGCUGUGACUCAUCCAGCUCGAGUCUCUCGCUGCCGGACAGGCAGUGCGUGGGCGAGAGCGUGAUGGCCCUCUGGCUGGUCAGCGUCGAGCUGACACGGCCCAUCCAUGUGCAAAUGACCGUCUUCAAUCGUCGCGUCGACAUCAGCCGCAGCUCGAUCAUGCAGGUGCGCGGCCUGAACAAGUGCCACGACUGCGACAAGUUCAUGGCCAAAAGCAAAAACUAUUUGCGUCUCACCUCACAGGACCUGCGCGUGCUGACCAACAACUAUACGGAGCCCGUCUACAUGGAGAUCUCCGUGCAGGACUAUGCCCAUCCCGCUGCUCUCGAACGACUGAUGAAACUGCGCCGCUCCUACAUGCCAUAGCCCGAGAUUUGACGCUUUCGUUCUGAUCCAUGUCCGAAGUUUUCUUUUACCAAAUUUUAAUUGAAUAUUUAGCUACUGCAAUGCUUUUACUCAUGUUUGGCAAUCACCGAGAGUCAAUUAUGAUCGAGCUUACGUAAAAUUACGCUUAAGUGAGUUUUCAAGAGAUACGACACACAAAAUUUCCGACCAACAAGCGGUUUGGUCCAUGGCAAACAACAA